UGCCCCGAGCUCGUCGACGGCGGGCCCGGCCCCACGGAAUCCCCGGUGCCCCGAGUCAGCUGUUCGCCCCGGCCCAGCUGAGCGCCGUGGAGCCUGCGCAAGGCGGAGACUGAGGCAGGGGAGGGAGAAGAUGGCGGAGGCAGAGGUUUGGGGAACGUUUUAAAUUGAGAGAGUUAAAAUACUGACUGGAAGUGGCUCCUCCCCAAUCACACCGGUGGAUAUCGCCUGGCACGUCAUGGCAGAAAGCGAUGCAGCACCAACCAUACCAAAAAAGUGUGGUCCAUACAUUUCAUCUGUAACCAGUCAUGGCAUGAACUUGGUGAUUCGUGGAAUAGUGCUGUUUUUUAUUGGUGUACUUCUUGCAUUAGUAUUAAACUUGCUACAGAUUCAGAGAAAUGUCACGCUUUUUCCACCAGAUGUGAUCACGAGCAUCUUCUCUUCAGCUUGGUGGGUACCACCUUGUUGUGGCACAGCUGCAGCUGUGAUUGGGUUGUUGUAUCCCUGCAUGGACAGACAUCUGGGAGAGCCACAUAAAUUUAAGAGAGAAUGGUCCAGUGUAAUGCGAUGUGUAGCAGUCUUUGUGGGUAUAAAUCACGCUAGUGCUAAAGUGGAUUUUGCCAACAACAUACAGUUGUCUCUUACACUAGCGGCGCUUUCAAUUGGACUAUGGUGGACCUUUGAUAGAUCACGAAGUGGCUUUGGUCUUGGAAUAGGAAUUGCUUUUCUGGCCACCUUGGUAUCACAGCUUCUGGUCUACAAUGGGGUUUACCAAUAUACAUCUCCAGAUUUCCUUUAUGUUCGUUCCUGGUUACCAUGUAUAUUUUUUGCUGGUGGCAUUACUGUGGGGAACAUUGGUAGGCAGCUGGCAAUGUAUGAAUGCAAAGUCAUUGCAGAAAAAUCUCACCAGGACUGAGGAAAAGUAAAAUAAAUCUUGUAUACAGGAAAAUAUAUGACAAACAACUGUCGGAAGAACAUGCUAUAAGGAACAUUUUGACUAUAAAAUUGCCAAAAUGCAGUUUUCCCCUCUCCCUUGAAUGGUACACGUUAUUGCAAUCUGUGAUUGCUGCUUCUGUAAGUCAGUUAGAAACCUUGGUGUCUGAUUACUGUGAAGUCACACUCGUAUGCAAUACAUUUGACAAUAUUUGUUCAUAAACAAGAUUGGCGAAAAAACAAUCGAACCUAGGUUUACCAUCUUUUUUUCACGAUGUUACAGUGCCAAACAGAUCUCUGAGUUACUGUACUGUAGCUGAAAAUUGUGCUUCAGUUUUUCUAGGCAAUUUGGGGAAUUGAAGGUUUUGAUAGUUUAGUAAAAGCCAGAGAAUUCAGAAUUAAGGUUGAAGAGAUUGCAACUCAUGCUGGUAGCUAAUCAUAAACAUGUCUUCUCCCUGAACAGAAUCACAGCCUUGCUACUGAUGAAUGAAGACACGCAUCACCUAAGGCCAGAUUCUGACACUACUAGUCAUGCUGAGUAAUACUUUACUCUACAAGUAGUCUGGCUGAAGUCUGUGGGACUAGUGGGUGGGGGAAGGUUCUAUUUUAGGUAUGUGUAUGGGCCCAUUAAUGUAAUAUCUGAGUGUCUCAAACUCUGUAAUGUAUUUAUCCUCACUACCCUCACUGUGAGAUAGGGAAGUACUGUAAUUCUCAUUUUAUAGAUAGGGAACUGAGGCACAGAGAGGCGAAAUUUCUUGCCCAUGGUCACACAGGAAAUCUGUGCUUGAGCAGGGACUUGAUCCCAAGUCUUCCAAGACGGAGGUUAUUGCACUAACCACUUCUCCUUCUGUCAAUAUGUGUGUUGGAAUCUGACCUAUAUUUUGGGGCUUACACCCAGUUUCCCGUUUUGGUUUUGCAAUUCCCCCUUGAGAUUAUAGGGCAAACUCUCCUUGUCUUCAAAUAGACACCCCCCGAUUGAUUUACGUUGAUUUCUGCCUGAUUAUGCCAGCAGUGAAUGAGGCCUGGAACAUUCCCACCUCUUGUUUUUUGACUUCCAUCCCUGUCUUGAUGUUGUUUAAACAAGUUCUUUUAUUGCAUUUUAAUUAUUAUUAUUUUUAAUCUUCCAUGAAAGAUUUUUAAAACAUGUUACAGUCACGUAAGGAGACUGAAGUUGGUCCAAAGAACAAAUACAUGUUUAGAUAAGUUUUAAUAAAUAAUAAUGUCUGUGUAUGUAUUGUACAUGAAGCCUGAUAUAGGCAAUUUUUUUGCAGUCUUGUGUGCUUCUAUCUGAAGUCUAUAACAUAUGCAGUGAAAUGCCUCCUAUAGCAUGUAACAACAAUAAGAGUCACCAGAAGAAAAAACUUCUGCAUGGAUGAAGCUUUUAAAAUGUGUAAAUAAGCAAAUGAUAUUUGGAGAUCUCAGUUCAGCAAGCUCCACAGGUUUUCAUUGGCUUAUUACAGCUCCAUGACAUUUCAGUGCCUCGUGCACGUUUUCACAUAUUGGUCACAAUUCAGGAAAGCACUUAAGCAGGCUCUUUCCUUUAAGCUAUCGUUAAGCAUAUGCUUAAGUGCACUCCUGUUUAGGGAUGUUUCUCCUCCAUCAGGGCCAUAAUAAAUAAUGCAACCUUGGAUGUUACAUAAAUGAAGGCUGCAAUUCCAUCUUCAGGUUCUGGCAUUUCACAAGGAACCUGCUGAUAUAUUUUAAAUGUAUUUUUUUCCAUAACAUUCAGCCUGAUCUGCAUUCCUUACUCAGGCAAGUGAUUUCAGUUGGACUGCCUGAUCAGAUCCUCAGCAUGGUUGUCUUCAUAAAAAGUCAAUGAUUGGCAUAAAAGCUGAGAUAUUGAUCAUAAUUUUUACAAUAGCUGUAGGGAAAUAAUGUGGUACCUCAGAUUCCAGGGCUUUAAUGGUGACCACUGUGUGGAGGUAAGUAAAUUUCUUAUUAUUUGCUUAGUAAUAAGUUCUUCUAUCUAUUCGUUUACAUGCUUAUAGAAAACAGGACAUGCGUAUUCAAAUGUACAGCAAAAAUCCUUGUGAAAAGUGGUUAUUGUUCAUUUGUGGCACCCACUUUGCAACAUUUGGAAAUCACAUUAAUUUAAAAAUGAUUGGAAUAUACUGUUAGCAAACUUCUUUCCAAAUUUCAGUUUUGAAACUUUAAGCUGAUUGUGCAAAAUGCACUUGGGUGGUCUCCUUUAUUAUAGAGAUGUUAUUUUUUUAAUUCUUACUUGACUAAAAUAAAUUGCUGCCGGACUAAAACCUUGUAUGCCAAAUUUUCAAACUGCAUUAUAAUUUUAUGGCUGGAAUACUCAGAACCUGAAAAAAGAGGUACAUAAUGGGAAUGCUGACACAGCCUUAACUAUAGUGGUGUGAACAUGCUGCUAUUGUAUAGUGUGUAAUUUAUAAUAUUAGACUGUCUUCAAAGCGUUCCGUAUAGAAUGAAUAAGGUAUAUUUUAGAUACAACUUUAUAAGCACUAUAAACUCUUCACUAACUAUGAGUUGUAAGGUCUAUGCUGUUUACUUCUCCUGUUAAAAGCAAAAUAUGUAUUAAAUAUAAUUACAAUCUUU